AUGGUAAAGAAAGCUAACGAGAAAUGGCAAAUCUAUAUUGAUUUCAUAGGCCUUAACCGAGCCUGCCCCAAGAACAGUUUUCCUUUGCCGAGGAUAAACCACCUCGUUGACGCCACUGCAGGGUACGAGCUACUUAGCUUCAUGGAUGCCUUCUCCAGAUACAAUCAGAUAAAGAUGAACCCAUAUGAUAAAGAGAAAACCCCACUCAUCACUGAACAUGGCAUAUACUACUACCAUGUGAUGCCCUUCGGCCUCAAGAAUGUUGGGGCCACCAACGAGCGCCUUGUCAACAAGAUGUUCAAAGAGCAGAUGGGGAGGAACGUUGAAGCCUAUGUGGAUGACAUGGUAGUAAAGAGCCUGAAAGGCCGAGACCUACAUCUCAGACCUAGCCGAGACCUUCGACACCUUKCGGAAGUACAACAUGAAACUCAACCCCAACAAGUGUGCCUUUGGCGUUACAUCAAGCAAAUUCUAGGUUUCGUCGUCACUCAGAGAGGCAUUGAGGCUAAUCCUGAGAAGAUACAGGCCAUACUAGGUAUGGCACCCCCGCGGACGGUGAUGGAGACCCAAAAACUCAUCGGCCGAAUAGCAACCCUCAAUUGCUUUAUGUCAAAGUCAAUCGACCACUACCUACCCUUCUUCCGUGCCAUCAAGAAGUUGAAAGAGUUCUAG